AUGGCGCAAAGGAUACAUUACCAUUUUGCAAGCUCUGUGAAUGGGGAUAGACAGUUUGCGGAAGAUUUUGAGUUUUUUUAAGCGAGUUCCUGCUACUCAUCGGCUGUGAUAUUUCCUUUUGAAGCUGGAAGAUCAGCAGAUCAUAUAUUUUUGCAAUUGCAUGCAUUGUGCUUGAAAAAAGGUUGAAAUCAUGUACGGACUGGUAAAGAGCUCUGCUCGGGCAGGUAGACUGAUUCGUCAAGUUGGAUACAGGCUCCAGCACAGUGCAGAAAGUUUUCCAAAGAUCACAACUCACUACACCAUAUGCCCCAGAGACCAAGAUCCAAGAUGGAAAGACGUGGACAUGGAGCGGGUGUCGGACGAGACGGACGUUCUGAUCGUGGGCGGCGGACCGGCUGGCCUCUCCGCAGCCAUCCGACUGAAGCAGCUCGCCGCCGAGAAGGGACAGGAACUCAGCGUCACCGUCGUCGAAAAGGCCUCGGAGCUCGGCGGUCACACACUCUCUGGCGCGUGCAUCGAGCCACAGCCGCUCAACGAGCUGAUCCCCGACUGGAAGGAGCGCGGCGCGCCGCUCAACACGCCCGUCACGGCCGACAAGUUCGCCUUCCUCACCGAGCGGCGGCGCAUCCCGAUCCCCAUCCUGCCCGGAUUCCCAAUGCACAACGAUGGUAACUACGUGGUGCGUCUGGGCCACGUGGUCCGCUGGCUGGGUGAGCAGGCCGAGGAGCUCGGUGUGGAUGUCUACCCCGGCACGGCGGCGGCCGAGGUGGUCUACAAUGAGGACGGAUCGGUCAAAGGAGUGGCCACCGGCGAUCUGGGCAUCGCCAAGGAUGGAUCCCCGAAGGACUCGUUUGAGCGCGGCAUGGAGCUGCACGCCAAGUGUACAAUUUUCGCCGAGGGCUGCCACGGCCACCUGGCCAAGGAGCUGAUCACCAAGUUUAACCUGCGCGACAACAGCUCUCAGCCGCAGACGUACGGUAUCGGUCUGAAGGAGCUGUGGGAGGUAUCGCCGGACGUACAUCAGCCCGGACGGGUGGAGCACACCGUCGGGUGGCCGCUGGACAAGGACACAUACGGCGGCUCGUUCCUGUACCACCUGAACGACGAGACGCCGCUGGUGGCUGUCGGCUUCGUCAUCGGACUCGACUACACCAACCCCUACCUCAGCCCGUUCAAGGAGUUCCAGCGCUUCAAGCACCACCCGUCCGUCGCCAAGACGUUCGAGGGGGGCACCAGGAUCGGGUACGGUGCGCGCGCCCUGAACGAGGGCGGCCUGCAGAGCCUGCCACGGCUCACCUUCCCCGGCGGGUGCCUGAUCGGCUGCAGCGCCGGCUUCAUGAACGUGCCCAAGAUCAAGGGCACGCACAACGCCAUGAAGAGCGCCAUGAUUGCCGCCGAGAGCGUCUAUGACGCCAUCGAGAAGGGAGACACAGAAACUUUGAGCGUGAACCCGGUCAGCUACGAGGAGCGUAUCCGCAGCUCCAGCGUCUGGAAGGAGCUGACGGCUGUGCGGAACGUCCGCCCCUCGUUCCAUUCUCGGCUGGGACUGUACGGAGGGCUGGCCUACACCGGCCUGUUCUAUGUGCUAGGACGCGGCAAGGAGCCGUGGACUCUCAAACAUCCCGGUCCCGACUACCUGCGUCUGAAGCCGUCCCGCGAGUGUCAGCCCAUCGAGUACCCCAAGCCGGACGGCAAACUCAGCUUCGACCUGCUUGGAUCGGUGGCGCUCACAGGUACAAACCACGAGGGUGAUCAGCCGCCGCACCUGACCCUGCGGGACGACACGUCUCCCGUCAAACAGAACCUGGGCGUGUUCGAUGGACCCGAGGCGCGCUUCUGUCCGGCAGGCGUGUACGAGUACGUGCCCACGGAGGAUGACCAGGGCCAGCGACUGCAGAUUAACGCCCAGAACUGCAUCCACUGCAAGACGUGCGACAUCAAGGACCCCAGCCAGAACAUCAACUGGGUGACGCCCGAGAGUGGUGGCGGGCCCUCCUACAACGGCAUGUGAGCUGGGCCGAGUUCAGAUGUCGUCUAAUGUCUUGCCGAAGGAAGGUCGUCGAAGGAAAAGCUUGAGAGGAUUUGUGGGAUGAGAAGGUAGCGCCUGAAAGAGCACUAAGGCGUGUUUUGGAGUGUUGUGAAUAGUGCGGAGCUGUAGGUACAGUCAAGGGUCCCAAAGACAGGUGCUGUCAAAAUCGGGUCUGAAAGAUGCCAUCGUGUAUACCGGGUGCUUUGGUAUACCACUAUUGGUUGUACUUAGCUUGCAGACGGUGCACAGCCUUGCUGGUUCUACAAGAGAAGUUGAGUUCAAAGACUGCGACAAAUGUGUUGACUAUUCACUGGCGCCGAUACCGAUGUAGCUGGGAAUCAUGCAGCGGCGGACUCGGGUUUGAGAGCACAGUCGGUAUUAUUUGAUCGACCAGUUGUGUGUUGCACAACGGGAUCCUCAGCUCAACCCAUAGCGUUCCAUAGUCUAUAUGUCUGUGUGACGAAUAGUUGACCGGUAACUCAAAGAGCUACAGUGUCCGUGUAUGUGUGCCUAACGAUUAUUGUCUUAGUUUAUCUCAACUGGGUCCAUUCAACUGGGUUGCUUUGCUAUGGCAUCUCUUCUAUGAUCUAUCUUAUUUUAAUCUCCUGUCCUCCAUCCAUUUUAUGUUUGUGACCCCUCUUUCUUACCCAUUUCCGUAACACCGCGGUCUUCCUUUUCACCUAUCUGAUCCCCGCCCCUUGGCAGUAGGUAUGUGAAGCCGUAUCAAUGCAAUGCGCGAGCGAGAGAGCGUCGCUUAGUAGCGUAAUAGGCGGGUGCGCCUGCAGUGAUAUGAUGACGAGUUCUUGGUGAAUAUAUGCUUGAGAAAUAUU